AUGCAAGCUUGUGCGCGAAUUUCAGAUAGAUUGGACUACAGCGAUAUCAGUUUGCAUGGGAAACGAUCAGAUGAAGAAAGUAAAGCAAUUCAUUUCAUACGAUCACAUUUGGGUAUUAUGCGAUUUGGUAAACGUAAUAAAGCGCAAUUUGAUACUACACAUAUCGAUAACCGAAUUGAUUUGGAUCACAUAAUGCGUCAAAAUGAUGAAAGCAGUAUCAUUAACAACAGUAAUGAUUACAGUAAUUCUUACGUUAAAGCAACCUUAUUUGAUUCUAUUAAUUAA